GUCUUCCUCCCGCCACCUUUACCCCCAACCCUCUGCCCACCCAAGAGGAACCCCGUCACCCAGCCCUGCAUUUCGCUGCUCAGGCAGCCGGACCCAUUCGGAAAUACUCCGGUACCCUGUGCCCGCGCUCCCCCAGUGAAGCUGGCAGGCGAUCUCUGCCUCUCACUUUGCCAAAGCCGGCACUGCGGAGCGAGCGAGCUUCCGAAAUACCAUGAAGGUGGGCUGGCCAGGUGAGGGCCGCUGGCAGGUGGACUUGGCUGUGGAGGAGAACCCCGCUCUGGAAGAGUCAUCCUCCGGGGGCCUCCCUGACGUGGUGCCUGAGGGGACACUACUUACCAUGGUGCUGAGGAGGAUGUACCGGCCCAGAAGCUGCUCCUACCAGCUGCUGCUUAAGCACCAGCGCCCCAGCUGCAUCCAGGGGCUUCGCUGGACACCACUUGCCGACAGCGAGGAGUCCCUGGAUUUCAGCGUGAGCCUGGAGCAGGCCCCCAGAGAGAGGGUGCUCAGGGCUGGGAAGCAGCUGCACCGACAUCUCCUGGCCACCUGCCCAAACCUCAUCCGGGACCGGAAGUACCACCUUCGACUCUACCGGCAGUGCUGCUCCGGCCGAGAGCUGGUGGAUGGGAUCUUGGCCCUGAGGCUUGGGGUGCAUUCCCGGAGCCAGGCAGUGGGGAUCUGCCAGGUGCUGCUGGAUGAAGGUGGUCUCUGCCAUGUGAAACACGACUGGGCCUUCCAGGACCGAGACGCCCAGUUCUACCGUUUCCCAGGGCCGGAGCCCCAGCCUGUGGGAGCUCAGGAGGUGGAGGAUCUGCUGGAGGCGGUAGCUCUGCUCGCCCAACGGGGGCCCGAUGCCCUGCUCACUAUGGCCCUCCGGAAGCCCCCCGGGCAGCGCACGGACGAGGAGCUUGAACUCAUCUUCGAGGAGCUGCUGCACAUCAAGGCCGUGGCGCAUCUCUCCAACUCGGUGAAGCGGGAGUUAGCGGCCGUUCUGCUCUUUGAGCCGCACAGCAAGGCGGGGACCGUGCUGUUCAGCCAGGGCGACAAAGGCACCUCAUGGUACAUUAUCUGGAAGGGCUCUGUCAACGUGGUGACCCAUGGCAAGGGGCUGGUGACCACUCUGCACGAGGGAGAUGACUUUGGACAGCUGGCUCUGGUCAAUGACGCACCCCGGGCAGCCACCAUCAUCCUAGGAGAAGACAACUGCCACUUCCUCCGGGUGGACAAGCAUGACUUCAACCGCAUUAUCAAGGAUGUGGAAGCCAAGACCAUGCGGCUGGAAGAGCACGGCAGAGUGGUGCUGGUGCUGGAGAGAGCGUCCCAGGGCACAGGCCCUGAUCCGCCCGCAGCCUCGGGCAGGAACCGGUAUACGGUGAUGUCCGGCACCCCAGAGAAGAUCCUGGAGCUGCUGUUAGAGGCCAUGCGGCCUGACUCGGGUGCUCAUGACCCAACAGAAACGUUCCUCAGCGACUUCCUCCUGACGCACAGCGUCUUCAUGCCCAGCGCCCAGCUCUGCGCGGCCCUGCUGCACCACUUCCACGCGGAGCCCGCGGGAGGCAGCGAGCAGGAGCGCAGCAGCUACGUUUGCAACAAGCGGCAGCAGAUCCUGCGGCUGGUCAGCCAGUGGGUGGCCCUCGACGGCCCCAUGCUCCACAGCGACCCUGUAGUCACCAGCUUCCUCCAGAAGCUCUCGGAGCUGGUGAGCAGGGACGCCCGGCUGAGCACCCAGCUGAAGGAGCAGUGGCCAGAGCGGCGGCGACACCACAGGUUGGAAAAUGGCUGUGGGAAUAUGUCGCCUCUGAUAAAGGCCCGGAAUGUGCCCGUUUGGCUCCCUAUCCAGGAUGAGCCCCUCUCCAGCAGCAACUGUGCCAUCCGAGCUGGGGACAAAGUCCCCUACGACAUCUGCCGGCCCGACCACUCGGUGCUGACCCUGCACCUGCCGGUGACGUCCUCCGUGAGAGAGGUGAUGGCGGCCCUGGCCCAGGAGGACGGCUGGACCAAGGGGCAGGUGCUGGUGAAGGUCAAUUCUGCUGGCGAUGCCACAGGUCUGCAGCCAGAGGCCCGCGGAGUGGCCACAUCCCUGGGGCUCAACGAGAGGCUCUUUGUUGUCAACCCACAGGAGGUGCACAAGCUGGUAGGGAGCUGGCAGGGCAACAGGGACCCCUCCUGGAACCACCGAGUUUAUCGACUGGCCCUCACCAAGCUCUCCCCUCCCAUCAUCCCCUUCAUGCCCCUCCUCCUCAAAGACAUGACCUUCAUCCAUGAAGGGAACCACACGUUAGUGGAGAAUCUCGUUAAUUUUGAGAAGAUGCGCAUGAUGGCGAGAGCCGUGAGGCUACUGCACCACUGUCGGAGCCACGGCAAUGUACCUCUCUCACCGCUCAGGAGCCGCGCAUCCCAGCUGCACGAGGACAGCCAGGCCAUGAGGGUCUCUACGUGCUCGGAGCAGUCUGUGAACAGCCGGAGUCCAGCCAGCGCCUUGGCUUAUGUCCAGCAGCUGAAGGUCAUCGACAACCAGCGGGAACUCUCCCGCCUCUCCCGGGAGCUGGAGCCGUGACGGGGCUGGGACUGGAGCAGGCACUCCCCUCCUGGCAAGCCGGGCAGCUGGGCCAAGGGGCCACAGCUGGACAGGGCUCUCCCCGGAGUAGACGCGAGGCCCUGGAGUGGGCAGCAUGGAGGCAUCUGCCCCCUGUGAUGACUGGGGGCCAAGGAGGACCUCGACACAGAACUGAGUUGGGGCCCAAAGCCAAGGGAUGGGGGGCAGCGAGGCCCCGGGAGUGGGUGGGAGAGCCGAGCA